GAAUAAUCAAAAAAUACCGUUUACAUUUCUGGUCGGCAGUCCUCAUGAGUCCCUAACAGAAUCAGCUUUUCGUUCAACAAUGAAAUAUAUGGAGGAAGUUGAUCCCAAGCACAUCUCAGGUUUUGUGGAUUAUUGUCUUCGUAAUGCAGCCUUAUCAAACGAUGAGACCAAUCUCUUUCAAUUAAUACGUGCAACUGUAUCACCACCGUACAAUAUGGAGUUGUCAGAAGUUUGUAUCCUACCUACUCUUCAAGUAUUAUGCAAUCGUUUAGAACAGUGUAAAACGUUGCCUGAAGAUGUACUACAAGCAACGGGGUCAUUAGUUCAAGUUUACAAUUCAUCAUUGAACAACAAAGCAACGAACUGA